GGAGAGGAGAGGAUUUCUGCACCACGGUACCGUACAGGAAUACACGUUAGUAUCCAAACUUAAGUGUGUUUACAUAUGGCUAUAAGGUGUAAUCAACCAAUUCAUAUUUAGAGAAAAUAAAUCUGUCACAAGCACAUUAUAAUAAUCAUGUAAUGUUAAAAGUAGUUGUUUAUCAUCAAGCAAACAGUGGAAAUAUUAAGGCUCAUCAUCCAAGAAUAGCCAAACACCUCAAGCUAUCGGCCUUGUGUGAAAACCUAUCCCUGAAGCUUGGGCGGACACGUGGGCAGACGAGGAUUCUAACCUCCACCGUACAAAGGGAAGAGACAACUCAGACCUAGUAAGACACUCCAAUAUGUUUAGACCGUCGUACAGAAGUUCAAGUCCAUUCACCCUCACCUCGGACCUGGAUAUGUGGGACACCAAAUCACGCCUUAGAGCUCAGACCUCAGCAUGGUGUGGUAUGGCACAUGUUUCUGGGACAGAGUUCCUGUCCAAAGUCAGCACCAACACAUCUGGGAGCGCUGGUGGCUUCAGACAGACUGACCCGAGCCUGAGGAAGUGGCAGUCAUUGUCCCAUCUGGUAUCUGAGGGUGCUACACGAACCUUUCCACCAUCUCCGGGGGCUGAAUUAAGGGCUUCCCGAUGUGAAGGUAACGUCAGACAAGCAGGAGGGGUGCAGUGGCUGCGGGAUGCUCACAAGCAUUUGGACACUCAGCUGGAACAACUGAGGACCAGAAAUUCACAGCUGAACACAAACAUAACUGCUGCACAACUGCUCGACAUGAAACACAAGGAUAACGAGUGUGAGAAGGGUCGGCAACGUGGAGAGCUUCACGAAAAGGUCCUACAGCUGGAGAAAGACCUUAUACAAAUGAGGUGUGCUUUGAAGAGAGGGAGCAGUGAUCCAUCAAAUGAAACAUUACCGAUGACGCAUGAAGUCUUUCACAGACAGGUGUGUAAUCUUCGUUCUUGUUUAAGAGAAUAA